AUGUCUAAACAAUUUAGCCAUACCACGAAUGACAGAAGAUCAUCAAUCAUCUACUCCACAAGUGUUGGGAAGGCAGGGUUGUUUACACCUGCAGACUACAUCCCGCGAGAGUCAGAAGAAAAUCUAAUUGAGGAUGAAGAACAAGAGGACAUCGAAGAGGAACCCAUCCAUGUCGGUAAUGAUGUUGAGAUGGAGAGGGAAGGCGAGUACCAUUCGUUGCUAGAUGCCAACAAUUCGCGGACAUUGCAGCAGGAGUCAUGGCAACAGGGCUAUGACUCGCACGACCGCAAACGUUUGCUCGGUGAAGAACGGGACCUGCUAAUUGACAACAAACUGCUUUCUCAAAACGGUAACAACGGAGGAGAUAUAGAGAGUCAUGGUCAAGUGUUUGGACCAGACGAUGGGGAAAGACCCACUGAGAUAGUAAAUGUGUGGGAAAAUGCGAUCGAGAGCGGCAAGAAAAUCAACACGACCUUCAAGAGAGAAACGAAAGUUAUUACAAUGAAUGCGUUACCACUAAUCUUCACCUUCAUCUUGCAAAACUCGUUGUCGCUAGCAUCCAUCUUCUCCGUCUCGCAUCUGGGGACAAAAGAGCUAGGCGGUGUAACACUGGGCUCCAUGACUGCAAACAUCACCGGUCUUGCUGCUAUUCAAGGUCUGUGCACAUGUCUGGACACAUUGUGCGCUCAAGCAUACGGCGCUAAGAACUACCACUUGGUGGGCGUGCUAGUGCAGAGGUGUGCUGUGAUCACCAUCUUGGCGUUCUUGCCAAUGAUGUACGUGUGGUUUGUUUGGUCAGAGAAGAUCCUGGCGCUAAUGAUUCCCGAGAGGGAACUAUGCACGCUAGCAGCUAACUACCUGCGUGUCACCUCAUUUGGUGUGCCAGGAUUCAUCCUUUUUGAAUGUGGAAAAAGAUUCUUACAGUGCCAAGGCAUAUUCCAUGCCUCCACUAUCGUGCUGUUUGUAUGCGCACCUUUAAACGCCUUAAUGAACUACUUACUUGUGUGGAAUACCAAAAUCGGCAUCGGGUACCUGGGUGCGCCACUAUCGGUCGUUAUCAACUACUGGUUAAUGACAUUUGGCCUACUACUAUACGCAAUGACUACCAAGCACAAGGAGAGACCUCUCAAAUGCUGGAACGGUAUCAUCCCGAAAGAACAGGCAUUCAAGAACUGGCGUAAGAUGAUUAACCUGGCAAUUCCGGGCGUGGUCAUGGUGGAGGCGGAGUUCCUUGGUUUCGAGGUGUUGACAAUUUUCGCCUCACACCUGGGCACCGAUGCUUUGGGCGCUCAGUCUAUCGUGGCUACGAUCGCGUCUCUUGCAUACCAAGUGCCCUUCUCUAUUUCCGUAUCUACUAGUACACGUGUGGCCAAUUUUAUCGGCGCGUCGCUGUAUGAUAGCUGUAUGGUCACGUGCCGCGUGUCGUUACUGCUUUCCUUUGUGUGCUCGUCCAUGAACAUGUUCGUUAUUUGUCGUUACAAAGAGCAAAUCGCGGCCUUGUUCUCCACUGAAAACGGCGUAGUUCAGAUGGUAGUGGACACACUACCGCUGCUUGCAUUCAUGCAGCUAUUUGACGCGUUUAACGCCUCGACCGCUGGAUGCCUACGUGGUCAAGGUAGACAGAAGAUAGGUGGCUACAUCAACUUGGUGGCAUUCUACUGUCUGGGUGUGCCCAUGGCAUACGUCUUAGCAUUUAUAUACCACCUGGGCGUUGGAGGUUUGUGGCUGGGCAUUACAAGUGCGUUGGUGAUGAUGAGCGUGUGUCAAGGAUACGCCGUGUUUCAUGGGGACAAGCGCCGUAUUCUCGGAGCGGCCCGCAAGCGCAAUGCCGAGACCCAUGCAUCUUAA